AUCCUACAAGACUGUUUUUUGUUUGUUGUGGGGCCUAACCCGACGGACAAGGCAAAAGACAACACAUGGCAACACUUGCAGGAGUCAUGUCCGUCGUUUUCUUUUAUAUGCGGGCCGGGGCCAUCUUUUGAAGGGCAAUUUUUCCUUCUUGAAAGUUGCCUCUGUGAUUUCAAAGUUCCUCCAGGACAUGCCUUCUGGUGAAAUAAAGCUGUCUAUGCUGGAUUUUCAGCGGCUGAAUUCGCAGACGCAGCGAUGUCUGAAAACUAUCCACAAGGACGUCACAACACACCGACAAAAAAUACGGAGGGAAUUGUCGAGAAACAUCCUUCCACGGAAAAUGAGCUCCCAGUUCAGGGAGAAGGUCGAGGAAGUUCUCCCGAAGAAACUUGGGCUGCUGGAAGAAAAUCCAAGGAGACAGAACUUGAAGGCAAUUUAUGGAUUGCUGUCCGGAUAUUUUAUUUCGAUGUCCGGGCACAGGACAGGGGUACUCAGCAAUAUGCUGGUAUCAGAAGUUGAAGAUUCUGAGGUCGAAAAUGGCAUGACCAUCAUUGAGGCAAGUGUUACUCUGUUGUGUAAGAAAACAGUGUUUACCACGUGUUUGAUUGCAAAAAUGUUUUGUUUAUUUGUUACAGGUGGAAAGCCACAAAUCGGCAGCGACUUAUGGGCACGCCCAACUGUGCCUUUCUGAAACUGAGGUUGGGUGGUUCAUGACCCUUCAUAGUUUGCGCAACAAAUUCGAAGGGUCAGAAUCACCCUACUUUUUCUUUUCAAAGUCGGGGGGCAAAUGUCUUAAGCUUGUUGAGUAUUUUCAACAGCAGUGGUUGGAGCUGGGGUUCUCGGGCUGUUACAACUUCAGGAACCUCAGAACGUCCAUGGUUGACUAUACCAAGAACAUCUCCCCAGCCAAGAGGGCCCUUUUACACAGAUCCAUGUGCCACUCUGACACGGUAGCUUCAAAAUUCUAUAUUCCGCUCAACACGGUGACUGAAGCUGCACAUGUCAGAGAGAUGCAAGAGACGGCGGCUGGUAAGGAGGAGAGGAGGAUGGCGGAAGAUCGGCAGCAAGCAGAGAUGGCGGCUGGUAAGGAGGAGAGGAGGAUGGCGGAAGAUCGGCAGCAAGCAGAGAUGGCGGCUGGUAAGGAGGAGAGGAGGAUGGCGGAAGAUCGGCAGCAAGCAGAGACGGCGGCUGGUAAGGAGGAGAGGAGGAUGGCGGAAGAUCGGCAGCAAGCCGGAUGCUCCAGCACCCCACCAGUGCAGAAGCGACCUCGGCUGAAGCGGGUUUUAAGGUUCGAGUCUUCCACUGAAGAGGAAGAAGACGAGCCCAGGUCCAAGAUGCAGCUGGUUGCCCAGUCGAGCACGAGCGACACCGACGAUGACUCAGCCUUAGUUCCGGUCAGCCUGAGCUCAUCUGAGAAUUGCUCACCUUAGAUGCGGUCAUAAGUCCACCCCAUCAGAUCUGUAAUUUGUAUGUUAAUUUGUAAAUAGUUAACCCUAGUGUUGUUUAUUUGUUGAGGCUGUUUUUUUAAAAGCUGAAGUUUGAAUUUUUCUAAAUAGUGUUUGUUAGGUAGAUGUAGGUAUGUUUGUUUUCUUUGUUAGCUAGGUUUAUUGAUAGGGUUUUUGUA